ACGCAUCACACCUUUUCAAAAGCGUCACCAAGUGGCGUGUGCUGAGUAAUGUGUUUAGUAAGAAAUCGGGACGACCGAAAGAAAGUAAUCGUGCGGACAUCAAAUAAUCUGUCAGAUCAAAGAUAGCACUGGGUAGUUGGAGUGAAAGCCUUUUUUAGCCAGAGACCACAUGUGACACUCAGAAGGUGUCGCUAAUCUAGUUGCAUUUAAGCCUAAAUUUACACAUUGUAGUUUCACACCAUACAGAAAAACACCAGCUAUAGAAGUUUUUUUGUAAGUGCAAAGGACUAAGCAAAGUUUUACACGCUUCGGUGGUAUUUAAGUGUUUUUGUGUGUUGCAUUCGGCUGGUUGUUAUGCUUUUUCGUCUGAUGUUGAGUUUCUGAAUAUGAUGAUGUCACCAAGUUGCAAGUUUUUCUUUUGCUUAUGGCGGGGUUGCAGCGAUCUUUGCUUUUGAUUUGUAAAGCCAGCGUCUAAUGCCAAUGGAGCACAUCCAAGGAGCAUUAAAGACCCUUAGCAAUGGGUUUGGGUUGAAGGACUCUGUCUUUGAGGGCCCUUGCAUGUCCCCGACCAUCGACCAAGGCUUUACCUAUUGUCGGCGCUCAUCAGACGAAGGCAAAUCUCCCGACUCCACCAAGACAAGCAGCACAAUUCGAGUCUACCUGCCCAAUAAACAGCGCACAGUGGUGAAUGUCCGCCCAGGAAUGACACUACAUAGCUGUCUCAUCAAGGCACUUGUGGUGCGCGGACUUCAGCCACAGUGCUGUGCUGUCUUCAAGCUCCAUCCUGGUCAGAGGAGCAAAAAAUCCCGCAUGGACUGGAACACAGAUUCUACCUCACUUAUUGGGGAGGAGCUUCUGGUGGAAGUGCUGGAUCAUGUGCCUCUGACUACGCAUAAUUUUGUGCGGAAAACGUUCCUGAAAUUAGCCUUCUGUGACAUAUGCCAAAAGUUCCUUUUAAAUGGCUUUCGAUGCCAGACAUGUGGCUACAAGUUUCAUGAGCACUGCAGUACUAAGGUCCCCACCAUGUGUGUCGAUUGGAGCAAUAUCCGGCAGCUUCUUUCGUUUUCGAUUCCUGGGGAGAGCGGAGGCCCGUCUGUCCCUCCUCACACUUCUCGCCGCAUGCGUGAAUCUCUCCCACGGUUUCCGGUCAGUUCCCAGCACCGGCAUUCUACACCGCAUGCUUUCAACUACAAUGUGUGCUACCCACCUCCAGGAGGCGCUCUGUCACAGAGACAGAGGUCCACAUCCACCCCCAAUGUUCACAUCAGCACCAACAUUGCUGUUGACAGCACUGUGAUUGAGCUAGAUUACCUGAAUGCUUCUCCCAGCUCCUGGUGUCGUCGCUUUUGCCUCAAGAGAAGAGAUGCGAUUCGAGGUUAUGAAUCAGGAAGCCCUCAGAGUCACAGCCCCACUGGUUGGUCCCAGUCCAAAACCCCAGCUCCCACACACAGAGAGAAGUCACAUUCUUCUACCAUACAGGAGAAGCACAGAAUUCGCCCCAGAGACAAAAGGGACUCCAGCUACUACUGGGAGAUAGAAGCUAGUGAGGUUGUACUGCUAUCUCGGAUUGGCUCAGGCUCCUUUGGAACUGUGUACAAAGGGAAGUGGCAUGGUGACGUGGCAGUGAAGAUUUUAAAGGUCACGGAUCCUACUCCAGAGCAGUUGCAGGCCUUUCGUAACGAGGUGGCUGUCCUGAGGAAGACGAGACAUGUCAACAUCCUGCUGUUCAUGGGCUACAUGGCGAAGGACAGCCUAGCCAUCGUGACGCAGUGGUGCGAGGGCAGCAGCCUCUUCAAGCACCUACAUGUCCAGGAGACCAACUUCCAGAUGUUUCAGCUAAUCGACAUCGCCAGGCAGACGGCGCAGGGCAUGGACUAUCUACACGCUAAGAACAUCAUCCAUCGGGACAUGAAAUCAAACAACAUAUUCCUACAUGAAGGCCUGGCAGUGAAGAUUGGGGACUUUGGCUUGGCCACAGUGAAGUCCAGGUGGAGUGGUUCCCAACAAGUAGAACAACCGUCAGGAUCCAUUCUGUGGAUGGCUCCCGAGGUCAUCCGCAUGCAGGACAACAACCCCUACAGCUUCCAGUCAGACGUGUACUCCUAUGGUAUCGUGCUGUACGAGCUGAUGGCCGGGGAGCUCCCAUACUCCCACAUAGCCAAUAGAGAUCAGAUUAUCUUUAUGGUGGGUCGAGGAUUCCUAUCCCCAGACCUCAGCAAGCUGUAUAAAAACUGUCCCAAAUCCAUGAAGAGGCUGGUGGCGGAUUGUAUAAAGAAGCUGAAGGACGAGCGCCCCCUCUUUCCUCAGAUCCUCUCCUCCAUAGAGCUCCUCCAGCACUCUCUGCCCAAGAUCAACCGCAGUGCCUCGGAGCCCUCGCUCCACCGCGCCUCGCACACAGAGGACAUCAAUCCCUGCACUUUGACCUCCAGUAGGCUGCCUGUCUUUUAGCUCUACACCGCUCUGCUGCCAAGUAUCUUAAUCAGGGGGAGAUGGACUGAAGAGACACGGUGCGAUGGAACUUGUGAGGGGAACGGAGUGACAUGCCUGAGCAUCCAAGAGUGUCGAGGAGGGACCCUGAAGGAAGGAGGGGUGACCAUCGUUAAUAUGAAGUGUAGCUUUUUUGUUUUCCCUGGUUUCUUUACUUCUUGGGUAGAUUUUAAAUGUAUCAUUUGAUAUUGCACAGCAUUCAGGAUCAACAGAAACAAGCCUAGAACCACCAUGGGGAAAAAAACUCAACUAUUUGUGAUUUGGUAAAAUCAUCUGUGACCUGAUGGACUCGCACCAGUCAUGUAUGACCCCACCCCAUAACCGCCUUUUUGUCCUUUGUACCAUAUUUACGGUUAUCAUGAGCAGAGGUGUCCUGUGGCACUGGCGGUGCAGGUAGAAGCACUCGCACUGUAAAUACCUCCAGAGCUGCCGUCUGAUUUCCUCCCCCCUCAGCGCUGGUUUAUAUUUUGAGUUGUUUUGGUGGCUCUAGCGAUUUACCCAGCUGUCUGUAGAUGGUUGUGUCACUGUGGGAGACACGUGAGCAUGAAAUUGAGACUGUUCUCUCUUGCAUUUAAUUUUUUUUUUUAUAUAUUUUUUUCUGUUAUUGCUCUUUUCAGAAGUUAAGUUUUAUUUUAAACUAGGUGAAGAUAUUUGUUUAUCCACUGUAUUUUAAUAAAAUUAAGUUAAAUGUC